GUCUCUUCGGGCUCUAGUCCUAGAGAAUCGCAGAGGCUGAUUAUCAUUGAAGACCGAGAGUCGGGAAAGAGCGUGCCGUGCCGUGGCUCCACCGUUGGUUGUUUUGAGAUCGAGCAGAGCUCUUGGUUGCUGGUAUAGCGUUGCACAUUGUACAAGGGGUAAAAAAAAAGCUGCGAAGAAAGAAACAGUGUCGUGGAUAGCACUAUAGUGAAUGUUCCAUCAAAACCAGAGUUCAACUGAAUGAUCACGGCAAGUUCCGUGAGCCUCUCGGUGUCUAGUAGCAGGUCCGGAUCUCGUGCACCAUGCCAAACAGCCUUUGAUAAGUGUAGCGGGAUAUAACCAAUCCAAGGGGACCGGAGAGAGAGGGAAAGAAGAAGAAGAAAGGUCGUGAGAGGAAAAAGUGUGAAGUGAGGAAAGGCAGCGAACGGCGGAGAACUUUGGAGGGGUAAGGAAAAAGAAUGAAAUUGCUCAGUCUGAAUCGUGGAUGCUUCACAAAGGCCAUGGCAACAACGAAGAGUGCUUGGCGUUCCAGAGCUGCUGUGUUAAUCGUGACGUUGAUGGUCCUCUUUACCGGUUUUGGAUCUUGCUCGGAGGACGAGGAACGGCUGGUUCGCGAUCUCUUCCGGGGCUACAACAAACUCGUCCGGCCUGUCAAAAACAUGAGCAUGAAAGUCGACGUCAAAUUUGGACUCACAUUUACUCAGCUCAUCAGCGUCAACGAGAAAAAUCAAGUGAUGAAAUCCAACGUUUGGCUGCGAUUGACUUGGCAGGACUAUCAACUGCAGUGGGACGUGGCGGAUUACGGUGGUAUCAACGUUCUGCGCCUGCCUCCCGAUCGUGUAUGGAAGCCUGACAUCGUGCUUUUUAAUAACGCCGACGGCAACUACGAAGUCCGAUACAAGUGCAAUGUCCUCAUCUACUCUGGCGGUGAAGUCCUCUGGGUGCCUCCAGCCAUCUACCAGAGUUCGUGCACGAUCGACGUGACGUACUUCCCGUUCGACCAGCAGACGUGUUUGCUGAAAUUCGGCUCCUGGACGUUCAACGGCGACCAGGUGUCGCUGGAUUUCUACCUGGACAAGCACCACGUCGACUUGUCGGAUUACUGGAAGUCCGGCACUUGGGACAUUAUCGAGGUGCCUGGGAAGCGCAACGUGCACAACCACACGAAACCCACCCAGAUGGACAUCACGUUCUCGAUCACGAUCCGCCGCAAGACGCUCUUCUACACGGUCAACUUGAUUCUCCCCACGGUCCUCAUUUCCUUCCUCUGCGUCUUGGUCUUCUACUUGCCGGCCGAGGCCGGCGAGAAAGUCACGCUGGGCAUCAGCAUUCUCCUGUCGCUGGUUGUGUUUCUGCUGCUCGUCUCCAAAAUUCUUCCGCCGACUUCGCUCGUCUUGCCGCUCAUCGCCAAGUAUCUGCUCUUCACUUUCAUCAUGAACACCUUGUCCAUCCUGGUGACGGUGGUCAUCAUCAACUGGAACUUCAGGGGCCCGCGGACCCACCGCAUGCCCAACUGGAUUCGCGUCGUCUUCCUCAAAUAUCUUCCGAUCCUGCUCCUCAUGAAACGACCCAAGAAGACCCGACUCCGGUGGAUGAUGGAACCGCCGGCCGGUGGCUACGGAAGCUACGGCAAUUUCGGCGGAGGCACGGCUGGGGCCGCCAGUACGACCAGUAUGGGUAUGAGCAUGAGCAUGGCCGGAGGGCUCAGCACUUCUUCCUCCGGCAUGGGUCAACCUCCGCCGCCUCCGCCGCCUCCUCCGCCCCCACCUUUGCUCCCUUAUCCUUCUUCCGGCGUCGGCGUGGGCGGAAAAAUGGAGGUGAUGGAGCUGGCCGAUUUGCAUCAUCCGGAUUGCCGGAUGAGCCGACAGAACAGCGAGCAGCUGAGGGAGCGUGAGCGGGAGCAUCACGAUCCGCACUGCUGCGAGCGGCUGCACCCCGCCUCAUCCAACGAGGAACUGAUGAACUUGAACGAGCGAUCGGGCGGAAUCAGCAGCCGUGACAUGCUCGAUCCACCCGAAACGCUCCUUCUCACCCCGGAGGCCUACAAAGCCACAGAGGCCGUUGAGUUCAUCGCGGAGCAUCUGAGAAACGAAGACGAAUACACGCAGAUUCGCGAGGACUGGAAGUACGUGGCCAUGGUCAUCGAUCGUUUGCAGUUGUACGUGUUUUUCGCCGUAACGACCGCUGGCACUAUUGGCAUUCUCAUCAACGCGCCGCACAUCUUCGAAUACGUCGACCAGGAUAAGGUCGUCCAGAUGUACCGGUGGGAAACCGGUUAAUAACCCAAACAUAAAUGAGUUUAUAACAGGCAGACAGCGAGCGAGCGAGCGAGAGCGAAAGACGAGCGAGAAUGAGAGAGAGUCUAAUACCUAACGUACAGUGCGUCGAUUCUUUUAUAUGUUGGUUGCAUUUACAUAGUCAACUCCCCCUCUGUUUGGUAUAUUAAUAAAUUAAUAUAUCGAGUCUUUACCCAGCAUCUUCUCUCUCUCUCUCUCUCUCAUGUGUGUCUGUGUGUGUGCGUGUGGUGUGCGCUGUCAUAUCCAACUAUCCUUUUAAUUCUUCUCCUGUUCUCUUUCCUCUUGACUGCUGACUGCCAAUCAGUCCUCCCCCCUCUCUCCCCCUCUCUCUAUGCUCCCCCGUGUUGGUUUUGUUUUGCAUUCGCUGGAAUUUUCAUGAAAUAUUACAUACAUAUACGGGUGUACAGAAUGAAAAAGGCAAAACACAAUAGAAGAAACCCAUUUGGAAUAAAGCCCUUACCCUGCCCUCCUCAUCCACCUAUAUCCUCUACUCCAUUUUCCCGCGUCUUAUCUGGGUAUCAAAUAUGCAUAUAUACAAUUGAUGAAAAUGUGUGUAGCACACUCUGUGACUUUCUCUCUAUUUUGAUUUAUUUUUUCUCUCUCUCUCUCAUUCUCGGCUGUGUUCAUUUCUCCAAUGAUUUCCUCUCCUUCGGCUUUUUCCUGUUCUUCCCCGCCCACACCGCCCGUGUUUCGGUUGAUCGUAGAUUUAUUAUUGGCUUUUGUUACGUCACCGAGUGUCAUCGCCGUCGAUUCGCCGCUUCCCUUGUGCGCCGAACAAACAAACACAGAGGCCAAAAAAGAAAAGUUUUGACUUAUAGAAGACAGCGAAAUCGAUAACAAAAAAAUUUACGAGACAUUUUAGAUGGAUAAAUGUUUGAGUCGAAAAAGCCCCCCCCCCCCCCCCUCCCCCCGAGAAUAUCCGAGUGUUUCUCGGAAGGUUCGAUAUUUUCAUGAUGAUAACAAUAAUGAUGCGCUAUUGAUUGGUUUGUUUUCAUCCCCACACCCUUUGCUCUUUUGCUCGCCAUGUUCAGUGGUAACUAACAAUGCGCCAAAAUUCAAUUGUUGUGUGUCAUAUUCAUGACGCUGCAUGAUGAUUAUGGACAAGAUCGUUAUUUUAGAUGUCGAAAAAAAAUUAAAACAUGUAAUAUGUGGACAACUAUGAACAUUAUAGCACUCACAUAACGUAAAACAAAAUUGUUCCCCACCCGAGAAGAUGACCCAUAUUUCUCUCGUAAAACAACAAUAAUAACACACGAGAAACCAAAAAGAAAAAAAUUUAAAAAAAAAAUUUAAAAAAAGUAACAAAAAAAACAGCAACAACACUUGGUUGACAUUUUCUUCCGUGUUUCAAUGUCCUUUGAUUUUGUGCCAAAAACUGUGCAGCUGCUGUGUUCUUAUUCGUCAAAUGGUGGCAAUGAAAAUGAUGUGACGAUAGAGCAGGUUAUAUACAUAAUGAUGACACUUA